AUGGCAUCUUUCUUGGAUUUACCCACCGAGCUGCGGCAGAUAAUUAUCCGACACGCUCUCUCCAGUCGACGAAAAGCACCAACUCCCUCAAAAUCAAAAGGGGCUCCAGUCGAAGAUUUCGAACCCGUAGCUGAGAGAUGGCAGUUAGGGGGAUGUCGUGUCUAUUAUGAACAAGACGAACAGGUUCCAACUUGUCUACCACUCCUCUUGGUAAAUCGGCAAAUCUCCACCGAAACCAAAGGUGUUCUCAAUUCGAUGAAGAUCGAUUAUGCUGUCGAACUAUCCAUUCUGAACGAUUUGGAUAUCUUCCCAACUUGGAUCUCAAUUCCCUGCCUCACACAAAAUAUCAAUCAUUUGCGCGCAGAGGUCCGCCUUUUUGGACAUGUCCUCCCUACGACAGUAGGCCGUCAACAAGGAGGAGAUGGCGGGCGCUUGGGAAUUCACUUUGCUUUUCACCAAGUCUUACAAAGAUUCCUAAUGUACGGUCCCGUUGGCGAAAGAAAGGAAAAGGGACAAAUUAACGGAUAUGAAAACAAAAAGAUCUCAGUCCGGGUGCUCGACUUGGAUGUCACCUCUGCCGAGAACGAACUUCCAUUCCCACCGGAUGAAUUUCAAUGGAGCGACUAUCUUCACCAGCUUCGUGGCCACGGCAAACUUGAAGAUUGUGAGUCUAGGAGAGUGGACGACCAUACGUGGGCCAAGUGGAAUUUUCAGCCGAAAUACAAAACCCGGCCCGAGUGGAUGUCUCGUUGGAUUCGUGAUUGGAUUGAACGGAUUCUAGGGAGAGAUUCUUAUGGAAAAGUUUACGGAAAGAUGAUAUAUGAGAAUGUGGGAACACUGAGGGUCUUGGCUGAUGGAAAGCUACUGAAGGAAUUUGACCUUUCAGACUGUCCUGAAGACGCGGUAGCUAGGAGAGAAGAGUUGGGAUUUCCAUUGAGAUUCCCAAAGAGCAAUUAA